GCGGCGGCGAAAGCCACGACUUUGUUGUGCAAGCGCAUGCAAUAGCUGAUGGUUGGCAACGCGAGUGUCCACAUCAACCGUUCUUGACCAGACUAUGCACGCACCAUUUCGGGCGCGCGUGCGGUGGUGUGCCUAAUAUGCUUGGACGAGUACGCCAGUGGAGUGUGUGGGCCAGUGACAAAGUGUGUUUCUUGAUGUUUUCCUGUUAUUAUUUCCUUGCUUCGAAGAGCAGUAGUAUACAUGAUUACUGGUAGAUCUAGUACAUGUAAUCACUAAAUUAGGUUUGACAUCGAGCGAUAAUGUGUAGAUACGCUGAGUAUUGAGUUUGUUGUUGAGUGCUGUUACCAGAUCGCUUCUUACUUUGUGACUUCUCAGUGACAACGAAUAAGAUUGUAAUCCACUCGAGACGUAGCAGUGCACGAGUAUGUGGUGUGCUGGUGUUUCAUAUUCGUCCAUAUUUUGUUCCUUCUUGCCGCCAUACAUUACCAGGUAGAAGGUGGUGUUUUCAAUGUAAUGUAAACGAAACGCUUCUCUGGUAUCGAGGAAAAUGAUUACCGUGCCAACGAUGGAGGUGUCCGCACCGGGGCUCGUAAUGAAGGAUGCUGACUUCGAGUCGAUAUACGUGGUGAAAGACUAUCUCGGCCGUGGUGCGUUUGGAGAAGUACGCAGUUGUGUGUCCCGUAUGGAUGGCUCCUUGUUCGCCGUCAAGCACCUCGAUCGAAGUCGCAUGGACAAAGAAGCUGAGGAGGUGACGGAGAAAGAGAUCGAGAUCAGUCAUGGUCUUCUGCACAAGAACAUUGUUUGCAUGCACCAAUGUUUCCGGUCGCCGUCUUCCUAUCGUAUUGUGAUGGAGAUGAUCCAUGGCGGGGAGCUCUUCGACGCCAUUGUGGAGCGUGACCAUUACAGCGAGAAAGACGCGCUGAUCUGUAUACGCCAGGUGAUCAGCGCGCUGCAGCACUGCCACAAGCACAACAUCGUUCACAGGGACCUGAAGCCAGAGAAUCUUCUUCUGUCGCGUAAGAUGAGCCAAGACGAGUCCAUGGAGGGAAUCGUCAUCAAGUUGGUGGACUUUGGCCUGGCACUGCAGAUCCCAGAUGGCGAGAAGCGCAUCAAGGCGGACACACGAGGAACACCGUACUGCAUUGCGCCAGAGACACUGCAGGAGAAACCACUUGGCUAUCCGGUCGACAUGUGGGCAUGCGGAGCAGUCUUCUAUUUUAUGUUGGUUGGAAUGCCGCCAUUCUGGCCCGGAGAGGGCAGUUUCGGACAACAACAGAUGUACAUGCGUAUCGUGGAGGGCAAAUACUCGUUUGACAAUCCCGAGUGGGAGUCUGUGUCGACGAGAACAAGAAUCCUUGUGCAGAAAAUGCUGCACGUUGAUCAAGAUGAGAGAGUAUGUGCUGACGGAGCCCUGAAGUGCGUGGCCGGUCUAAUCAACGAGACCAAGCUGAGGUCGCUGCAUCGCCAGGAGGCGCUACACAGGAUGAAGGCUUUCCGUGGCAAGCAACGACUCAGUCACAACAUGGUCUUGCAACUCAUAGCUGCACGGAGAAAAAUCAUGGAGUCUCAAGAGGAGAAAAAGAGCCCAAGGGCAACACCAGCAAUGUUCAGACGCUUGUCAUCAGUAGCUUCCAAUGGUGACAGCAAUUCCAGCACAUGUGUUUCAUCCGACUCGGAUGAGUCUCCGCUCUGCAGCUCGUUUGAGGGUAGCCGCAGCCGCAGCCGUCGAAAGCGCAGCAAGAGUAUGCGAGAGCAACGCGAGAAGGACAUUGAUGGUUUCAUGGAGAUGGCUGCUCGGGAGCUGCAGCUGCCAGAGAGUGCUGGCAACAGUCGACCAGCAACACCAGCACAGGGCAGCCAGACAGCAACAGAUACUGCAGACAAUCGUCCACAACCCGUAGCAGGCUCUGCACCUGGUGCCAACAAACAAGCUGCCGGUCACAAGUCCUCAAAGACCCAGUUACUCCAGAAGCCGGCUUCAGAUCGACGGAAACGAUCCGUGGAAGAGAUAGGUGCUGAAACGAUCGUCAAGGAGCGUCGGAAGAGGAGAAUAUCUAUGUUGGCUGAGCUUGAACCUGGCAAUAAUCGAUUCAUAUGGGGAGAUCUCAUCGAUGACGCAGAUUCUAAUGCACCAGAUGCAACAACAGAUACGUCUGCUGAGUCACCAGCACCAGCCCUCCGGCUUCCAGACGUGGGUACAAAGACCAAAAGCACAAUGCCACCGGGAAGUCCCCAUCACAAACCAGCGGUGUCCCCGUCUGUGUCUAUUCUCCAAGAGGAACCAGAGAGUGGUGUCUCCGGAUCGUGCACAGAAUCAGAUUGCAGUGCAUCGUCGAACAGCUCCACUCCGAAUGCAACGCGUCGAGAGUUUGCCACUACUGCUCCCGCCGCAGAGACUGUUGAUUCACCAGUGGAAUGUACCAAUCUUUACAGCCACAGCGCACCACCGAGUGUUGCUGUAUUGUGUAGUCCGUCCAGCGCAAACUCCAUUGCAUUAUCGUCGCCAGCCAGCUUGAGGCAUCGACCGUCAGGACCUUGCCUUGCAGAUGGAGUUGUUGGCAAGAACAGCCACAAGGCGCAGCCAAGAGCAUAUCCGGUUGCAUUUGUUUGAGUAUAUUAUUUUUACAUCUAAGCUUGAGUACCUCGGUUCCUUUUGUAUGAGCACAUUAUCGUUCCAAACGAGCUUGAGUACCUCCUUUGCUGUUGUAAAUGUAACUUAUGAAACACACACAAUUUUUGUUUGUUUGUUUUCGUUGUUGAUGUUAUUGAUGUUGACGGGUGAGAAUCAUAAUUAUUUGUAGUGGUUUUUACUCUUUUCCUUGUUUAAAUCCACUGGAGAGCAGACUUUGAGCACUGGACAGUUUGCUAUUGAAUACCUCUAUGCCCACUUGAUGAGUUCUUGGGACAGUCCUAAGUUAUGCUACACUCAAUGGUUGUGUGAAUAUAAUUAUCAUUUUCA